AUUGAAUUGAGAUGAACAGAAUUGAUAUCAUUUCUUGGAAGAAUUUAUUCCAAAUCGGGUGUAAGCUCAUAACAAUUAAAUUGAAUCGAAUUCUAACUAAAUCUGAUUGGUUUGGGCCCAAUUCAAAUCUUGCUUUAGUUUUUUAUUCUAAUUCUUGUACUUUUUGUUAUACAAACAAAAAAAAAAUCAAUUGAUUUCUACGAAACGAUUUCUCGCACAUAAGGGGAUUUCAAACGGAGGGCGAGAAGUGAACAAGACAUUGUGUUUUAUUUUUUUUAAAUUCUCAGUCAAUUUUUAUCUGUAUAACUAGACGAAAGGCCCGCGGAUACCGUUUGACGUAUAUAAAAGCAAGAACAAAUUUCAAAUUGCCAAGUGAGACCUGUUCUUUACUAUUUUUAAAAUAAUGUUAAAGAUAAGCAAAAAGGGAAAGGGGGAAGAAGAUAACAUUACCAGAAGCUUGUCACGUACAUUAUAUAACUGACCUAUUUUUUUUGUCUUAACAAGUCAACAGAGCUGCGUGUUAGGUAAUCUUCUCAUCUAAAUCUGGUCAUUUUUCUUCUAUAUAAUUUAUAUUAUGUCCUCUCCCUCAAGCUGGAAGACAUCCAGCAAUCCAAAAAAACUGAAACCGAAGCGGCCCGGCCGGCCUAUUCUUCUGUCUUAACAAGUCAGCAGCGUAUCAGUUGGAAGACAUCAACCCAUCCAAAAAAUAAAAAAGUUGAAACCGAUGUCCAUGGCGAGGCUUAGCGAGGAUCUGAUCGUAGACGUGCUCACGAGGCUGCCGGUCAAGCCCCUCAUGCGAUUCAAGUGCGUCAGCAAGCAGUGGUGCUCUCUCAUCUCGGCCCCGCAGUUUGCAAAGACACAACUACGGCGAGCAAGGGAAGGUAAUGCAACAUCCCAUCAGAGAAUCAUUAAGAACGGGUUCCUUCAGACAAUCCACUACGAGGCACUCGAUGAUGAGAGGGAUGAUGAUCAAGCUGUAGUGCAGUUGCACGCCCCGGGGACGGAUCCCGAUCAGGGGUUCAUGCUCAUCGGGCACUGUGAUGGCUUGAUGUGUCUAGCUUGUGACGAAGGAUACAUAUUGUACAAUCCGACCACUAGACAAUCCAGGAGUUUAGCCAACUCUGAGUCCGGUCCAGUCACACAAGAUUUUGUUUUUCAUGGAUUUGGGUAUUAUCCUACGAUCGACGACUACAAAAUCCUUCAAGGUAAGAUCGUUAGCUGUGCAGAUGGUUCCAAGGAAGCUGCAAUGGAGAUUUUCGCACUAAAAUCCAACUCGUGGAGAAGGAUUCAAAAUAGUCGUGUUAUCGAUCCCUAUGAUCGGGGGAUUUAUCUCAACGGGGCUCUGCACUGGCUCGUGUUCCCUGAAAUCGGCAGUAACAGAGUAAGAAAAAUAGUAUCAUUUGAUUUGGCUGAAGAGAAGUUUAAGGAGGAGUUGUCAUUGCCCGAAACUGAUAAAACCAUAGAGUUUGAGGGACUAGGAAUCUUCGGAGAUCGUCUGUUUUUAUAUUGCGGUACAUGGUGUGACCGCUUGGAAGCUUGGAUAAUGAAUGAAUACGGGAAGACAGAAUCAUGGACGGAGCUGUUCAAUGUGCCUACAGACGGGAUACCGGGAGCCAAGUACUGGACUAUACCUCUGUGCUGCACCAAGAAUGGAAAGAUCGUGGUCGACGUUGAUGGGCGAGAGAUGGUUCUGUUUAACCCCGAAGAUGGUACUAUUAAGCCGUACCCUGUUGAAGAUGCUGAUUAUGAAUCAGCCAUAUAUGUGGAAAGUCUUGUUUCACCUUAUGUAGGGGCAUGAUGGCCUUUGAGGGCAAGAACUGAGGGCGGAAUUGCUCAAAAUCGAAGAUGAUGAAUGCUAGCACCUAUCUGUUCCUUAUGGUCAGUGUCAUCUAUUAUAUUUCGUUUCGUGUCUUUACCAUUUUCUAUUUUCCAAUUACAGCGGAGAUCCAUAGACCUUGUAAUGGCCGAGUCAUCAAGUAAAAAGUUACAAUGCUUUCUGCCUAAAUUUGUAAUCAUAGCAGCUCAGCAAUAAAGAAGUUUAUUUACGUUCCA